AUGACAACCCCUUGGGACAGAAUUAGCGACGACUUUCGUUCCUUUCUCCAUAGUCUUGGGUUUGCUGCUGAUUCCUAUAACGCUCCAUCUUUUGACAAAGCACAUUGGCAUAAAAAGUGCUUAGAACUCCACGGGACUCCCCCCCCGGGGGGCAUCGAUGGGGUCGAUGAUGAGGAAACACCAGGCUCCAAGGCCAAUCCGAGUCGAUCAGCUUUGGCGAGUCUGGCGGAGGCGAUUGCGGAAUCGGGUUUUACCACCCAGUGGUGCGGCGAUGGCGUCGGUAGCGCUAGGGACUUGCAGAGUAAAAUCCAAGACUCUGAAGUCAAUCAAGACAUCUCGGGCUUAUUUCGUGAUAGGUUGGGCAUCUCACUGGAAGGCAUUGAUGGUGCCGGGCUGAAGGAUUUAGAUUUUCUCAAGCUCCGUGCGGAGACUGAGAACACACAUUCCAAAAAGGUCACCUGCAAGAAAACUUCUUCAAUAUCGAACCCGCCAACGCCAUGGAUCUUUCUACCACGACCGCGGAUGGCCCCUUUUUCAAGCCAGCGACCAAAGUUUUAG